AAACUUCAGGUCCGCAAAGACCUCACAUAAGGUCUCCUCUUGUUCUUCUGACACUCACACUCACUCUCACUCUCACUGUAGCGCGUUUGGACCAUCAAUCUUUCUCGAUUUUCCGCCAUUUACAUUUCAGCGAUCCCUGAGCACAUAAAAUGAGUUCAAGAGGAGGCGGAGGAAGACCUUCUACUACAGUUAACAAUGAUGAUACGCUGUCCAAAGGGAAAAAUGUAUCCGAAUAUGAUCAAACGUUUGACCAGUUGGCUCAAGGUGUUGCUGACACUACCCUGGAUGCAGGAGAAGAUGAUGGUGGGUGGGAGACAUUUACAAGGAAACCCAAGGGCAAAGGUGGAAACAAUGCUUCAAAACAAUGGAAUUCUCCAUCCCAUAAUUCUAAUCCCAGAGCACGGGGAAACAGAGACAUGGCUCAAAAGCAAGGCAAUAAAAAUUACGGAACUGGACGAGCUUCUGGAAAUCCCUGGCAGCAAACUCAAAAUGCUAACUAUAGGAGACCAGCUGGAAGAGGAAACGGAAGUUUCCAAUCAGCUAGCUAUGGAUAUGAAAGCAACUAUGUGGUUCCAAAUCCUUUAAUUCGGCCUCCAUUGCAGCAGGGUUGGAAUUGGCAAUCUAGAGCUGGUGCUGUGCAGUCCCAUGUAGAUGAAAUACCACCACCAGAGGACCCUGAGAAGAAUGAUGAUGUUGAGGAUGACGAUGAGGGGGAGGAGUCUGAUGUUAUGGAAGAUACUGAUGAUGAUCUAAUGAGUGAUGAUUAUGAUUCAGAUACCAGUCAAAAGAGCCAUGAGACACGUAAGAAGUGUAGAUGGUUCACGAAGUUCUUUGAUAUUUUGGAUGGCCUGACUGUUGAGCAGAUUAAUGAUCCAGAGAGGCAGUGGCACUGCCCAGCUUGUCAAAAUGGUCCUGGUGCCAUUGAUUGGUAUAGAGGGCUGCAGCCUCUAAUGACACAUGCCAAAACAAAAGGGUCUAAAAGGAUGAAGAUGCACCGAGAGUUUGCUUUACUUUUGGAUGAGGAGUUGCGUAGAAGGGGUACUACGGUAGUUCCGGCCGGGGAAGCUUUUGGUAAAUGGAAAGGUUUAGUUGAUAUGGAGAAAGAUCAUGAAAUAAUUUGGCCUCCAAUGGUUAUCAUACAGAAUACAAAGCUUGAACAGGAUGAAAAUGAGAAGUGGAUAGGUAUGGGAAACCAAGAGCUUCUUGAUUAUUUUAGUACAUAUGCAGCUGUGAAAGCGCGACACUCCUAUGGUCCACAAGGUCAUCGUGGGAUGAGUGUUUUGAUAUUUGAAGCCUCAGCUAGUGGUUAUCUAGAGGCAGAGCGUCUGCACAAGCAUUUUAAAGAUGAAGGAACUGAUAGGGACGCAUGGUUUCAUCGUCGUAUUUUAUAUCUACCUGGUGGGAAUCGUCAGCUCUAUGGAUAUUUAGCUACUAAGGAAGACCUGGACGUUUUUAACAGGCAUUCCCAAGGUAAAUCUAGGCUCAAAUAUGACUUGAGAUCAUACCAGGAGAUGGUUGUAAACCAAAUCAAGCAAAUGAGUGAGGACAACCAGCAACUUAACUACUUUAAGAACCGGGUUGAGAAAGAGAAAAAGCAUAAAAAAGCUCUGGAAGAAUCUUUUGGUAUAGUGAGUGAGAAGCUGCGAAGGACAAUGGAGGAAAAUCGCAUUGUGAGGCUCAGAACAAAAAAGCAACAUGAAGAAAACAAGGAAGAGAUGUAUAUGCAAGAAAAUUUUUUCAAGGAUCAGCUCAAGUCAAUUCAUGAGACGAGGAAUGCAAGGGAAGAAGAUUUUGAGAGGAUGCAGCAGGAAGAACGUCAGAAGGUGAUGCAGUCAAGUACUGCUCCUUUAAAUGCAGAGGAUCGAAGACUCAAGGCCGAUGAAUAUCUGAAAUUUGUUGAGGUCCAAGACAAAGAAAUGGAGAACUUUGUCGCUGAAAAGGAGAAGUUGUUGUAUGCUCAUGAAGAAAGCAUUGCUGCAAUGAAGCGCAGGCAUUGGGAGGAAGAGGUGCAGAUGGAGAAGAACUUCGAUGAACAACUUGCAAAACUCAUGGAAAAGUAUUCGCCGUCUCAUUCGGAGACCAAAGCCAGUGGUACCUGAUGAUUCGGAAUGCAUAGACUCAUACAGCGAGAUAACCACAACCAAAAAUAGAUAAAGAUAAAAUCACAAUUUAUAGAAUGAUUGUUCAAUGUUGGGAACUCAGAUUUUGGUGCUCUAGAUAUUUGACUAUUUGAGAAUCUGAAGAUUUAGUACUUUAUUUUGGUUUUAUUUAGCUGUUGUUUGAAAUGUCAA